GUCCCACCCCACGAGCUGCGCAGAUCGCAGACAGGUGAGAGAUUGACGUCAGUUCGGAUGAAAUAAACCAUACGAUAAACUUGCUCAACACAUCGCUGUUUAAGGAAUAUGGAAAUGGUGGAAAUGAAAAGUGCACAGAAAUCCAGGAUGGUGAUAAAAUGAUGAAUAGAGAGAGAGACGGGCUCUUUAUGAUCGGGAUCGUCUUCCUUCAAGGCGAGACGGUGAAAUAACGCAAACUUCCAAACACACAUUUGGAAAUGGCGAGUGAUCGAGUGGCCAUCCUUACUGAUGAUGAGGAGGACAAGAAGAGAAAAUAUGUCUUGUCUGAACCAUUUAAUACCCUGUCCCUGGGACAGGUGGCAAACACAACUCCGUCCAGUGCCAGUCAAAUGCCACCUCCGGCCCCCACAGACGCACUCCCACCUGAGCCCCCUCAGAGUAUGGGCUGCAUGGAGAGGUGCUGUGCUCGAGUAGACAAUCGUCUAUUAAUUUCCAAGAUCUUCUAUUUCUUCUUUUACGCAGGGUAUGGCUCUUUACACCCCCUGCUUGCCGUGUACUACAAGCAGCUGGGAAUGACACCCGGCCAAAGUGGCCUGCUGGUAGGAAUCCGUUAUUUCAUUGAGUUUUGCAGCGCGCCAUUUUGGGGUGUAGUGGCGGACCGCUUCAGAAAGGGAAAGGUGGUUUUACUCUUUUCCGUCUUCUGUUGGAUAGUGUUUAACCUCGCUAUCGGCUUCGUCAAACCAGCGGAUAUGAGCUGCGUAGCUAGGGUUCCUACGAUCACACCCCCAACCAAUUUUACUAACUAUGCGCAAUCUGGUAACCGUACCAGACUACGGAGAUACUUGAGUGAGGAUUUAUACUACUCUCAGAUGUUAUUAGCCGCAUACAGACCUCAUCCGAGAUACAUUAGAAGUGAAAAUGUAAACAGUAGUAUGUCGAUUAACUCAACGACAGAGUCGCCGCAUGCCACAUCGAAAUCUACCUCUACUAACGCAACGCAGACGACCACUAGCAAACCUAACGAUUAUAUAGUAAUCUAUAGUAAGGAACAAGUAAGCACUAUAUUUCUGGUAAUACUCUUGAUCAUCAUUUUUGGGGAGUUUUUCAGCGCCCCAGCUGUGACUAUGGUGGAUACGGUCACUCUUCACUACCUGGGACAGCACAGAGACCGAUAUGGACUUCAAAGGAUGUGGGGAUCUUUGGGAUGGGGAAUCGCUAUGCUAUCAGUGGGCAUUUGGAUUGACAACACACCCUUCAAGAUGAUCAUUCAGGGUUGCGUCCUGCCCGAGUACAAGAACUACAAAAUCGCAUUUAUAGUUUUUGGAGUGCUUAUGACCUUGGCGCUAAUAGUGGGCACGCAGUUUAAAUUUGACAGCAGCGUUUAUCAUUCAGGUGAGGAGGAGUGCAAGAAAGGAGACGUGGAGAUACCUCAAGUCGUUCAGGAGGCAUCCCCUCCCGAGUCCGUUUCGGACGAAGCGCCCGUGUCCCCGGAAAACAACCCCCGACCUUUACCCUUAAAAGAACUGUUCCGGAUCCUUUGUGGUCUCCGGUGUUUGAGUGUUCUCUUUGUGGCCUGGUUCAUGGGGUUUGGGUACGGUUUUGUGUUCACCUUCCUUUUCUGGCAUCUGGAGGACCUGAAUGGGACCACCACUCUUUUCGGGAUCUGUUCAGCGCUCAGCCAUGUGUCUGAAGUGGCGGCUUAUUUCAUCAGCCAUAAACUCAUUGAGCUGGUUGGACAAAUCAGGGUCCUGUAUAUCGGGCUGGCCUGCAACACCGCACGCUAUCUGUACAUCUCCUACCUGCAAAACGCGUGGUUGGUUUUACCCAUGGAGGUACUUCAAGGUCUGACACAUGCUGGGGUGUGGGCGGCAUGCAUAUCAUAUUUGAGCGCAGCUGUACCGCCCUCCCUGCGCACCUCGGCUCAGGGAAUCUUGCAGGGCCUGCACCUGGGACUCGGAAGAGGCUGUGGAGCCAUGAUUGGAGGAGUUUUCACCGACCAUUUUGGUUCUGCAUUAACCUUCAGAGGCCUCGGUAUGGCUUCGCUGGUUAUAUUACUGAUCUUCUCUCUCAUACAGUGGUUGUUAGGUCAAAAUGAAGAAAAAAAUAAUUUAAUGCUGGCUCAAAACAAUCCAGUGGCCUCCGGUCCGGUACCUAUUGCCACCAUUGCCGUACAGAACCAGAAUUCAUCUCAGCCCAAUCAAGAAACCAGCAUGCCUGCGAAAAAGACCAGACAUUUAGAGGAACAAGAGGACACUAACAAACCUGCCUGGGUGGUAUCUGCAUCCCCAUGGGUCACCAUCGCUUACGCCCUCUAUCAGAUCAAAGAUACGGUCGCUAUGAUGAAAAACGGCAAUGAAAGCCAACCUAUGCAGGGCACAAGUGAGCAGACCUCAUCAUCGCCACCUGCUGAUGGAUCUUCAUCUACUCCACCUACUACAUUAAGUCCAACCGAGAUUGCCUCCUCAUCACAAAAACCUGCUGCUGGGGCAUCUGUUCCUCAAAACACAGAUCCCAUGGAACAAUUACCACCAUCUGUAGAAAAAGUAGAUAACUCAAUACCCCCAAUAGCACAGAAUAAAACAUAAAAUUAUCUAUAUUGGUAAAUGGCUUCAUGUUAAGUCUGUGCGGUGUAAAGGGUGAGAAUUAUGAUGAUUUUGAACUGAAAACGUAUUGAUGGGUAUAUUGUUACAAGCCAGUUUUCGUUUGCAGAGGCAAUAGAAUUAAUAUGCUUUGCACUGCCAGGAUUUCAUUAUUAGUGGGCAAUGGCCCUCCAUCUCAGGCCCUGCGUAUAUUUGUACUGACUUACUGCUUGAAUGUCCCAACUAUGGUGAGAUUUAUGUAGUUGUUUGUAAUGUAGCCCAGCUUCAGCGUAAUAUUCCUGUGAUUCAGUGUUUCAACAAGGUCUUUGGUAAUCAUACUUCAAUAUAACUUGUGACCAAAUGUAAAUUAAAUCUGUAUUUAAUAAAAUAUGUUACUUGCUCCG